AUGCUGGAGUCGAAAGUCUUCUUGAAGCAUCUCGACCUCAAAGAGCUUCGUUUCUUUGGUUUUUUUCGGGAUCAAGUGAGUUUGGUCCCUGACCCCCUGAAGGGCAAUGUUGUUCCCUUCACUCAGGAUGUUGAUCGCCUUUCUGGCAAUGGAAAGACGAUAAUUUGGGGGUUCUUUUGUGUUGGUCGCUGCAUCGCGUAUCCGCUUGAUCACAAUGAGGAUAUCCGAAGUCUUUCGAAAUUUUCUGAUGAGAGGCACGACUUCUGCCCGAAAGGUAGCAUUGCUGAAAUGUUUCAUCAAUCAGAUCUCGUCAAGGCCCUCUUUGAUACAUUUGAUGUAUUCUUUCUUAUUUUCGAGAGCGGAAAUCUUGUCGUCAAGGAAUUUUGA